AAUGCACCGGUUCAGUAAACAAAUACCUGACGUCUGCCAAUGACAGCAGAUGUCAAGCUAAAUAUCUGUCCCCGUCGGAUACAUCUGUCUAUGGAGAGUCACUCCUGGAUUAUAACUCAAACUGUCUCAAAGUAACAUUAAAGCGGUCAUUUAAUUCUGCGCUUGUGAGCUGAAUUUUAACAGCUGCGCGUUAGUUUGUUAAUGCUAAUUAGCUGGCUAUCUAGCUAGCUCUGCAGUGCAACAGUACCUGCAGCUAACUGUUAGCGUAACUCUUCUCGUAAUAAACUGACGUACUGAGGCAUUUGAAAAGAUGUCUGGACCAAAUGGAGAUCCCGACAUGUCGAUGAACGAUGGUAUCAUCAACGACGACGAUGAUUUCGGCGAUGCAGAAGAGUACGAAGCCAUAAACACCAUGCUUGAUCAGAUCAACAACUAUCUUGACGACCUGGAAGACCGGAACGAUUCACUCAAUGGAAAACUGCAUGAACUGAUGGAGUCAAACAGGCAAGCCCGGCUGGAGUUCAGGGCCCAGCUGUUCGGCCCCCCAGACCAGGAGGACGAGAACAGUCCUGCAGAGGGAGACGAAUCCUCAGCCAGCAAAGAAGACACAAACGAGGACGAUGGUGAAGGAAAAAAAGAGUGACCAAAGCGAUAGGAUGAGGGCGGGAUUGAGUCGGGUGGACUACUGACCUUAGUUGCCUGUUUAAUUCCUCUGUGAAUGUCCCACCCCAUCAGCAGGUGUGUGAUAAUUUGCUUCCCCUCCGUCACUGAACUCAGUCUUCUCCUUUUUGUUGAACUGUGGUGUGAUGACGUUUGCUUUCCGAGCAGAGCCAGAGUUUAAUCGACCUCCAGCGGCUUUCUGUAAAACCACGAUCCCUGGGAAAUCUAAGAGACUUGAAAAAGCUGCGUCCCUCUGUCUGAGAACAGCGUUGUUCAGGUCGAAGUGAGACAUCAUUGGCAUUCAUUCUAAAGCGGCUAUAAAAAUCUGACAUGCUGAUAUAUGUUGAACACAUCACUCCAGAACGUCCAUGAUAUUCAGGCUUCGUCCACAUGGGCAAACAGGGGUCACAGUUGAACAUCUGUGUGAUAUGCUGAUCCAUGUCGUGUUGAUGUUCAGCUUCCCGAAAGCGAAAUAUGCAACAUUCCAGAUGUCUACCCUUGUACAGAAUAAUGAUUGAUCUGCAGCAUGACUAUAAAUCCACUCUGUGCUAUCCUGUUAGUUUUCAAUUAACCUGUGUAGAAUAAGUGAUACCAUCUUAAAAGUGUUUGUGUUUGCUGAAAUAAGUCAAAAUUAAAUGUGGGAAUUGUCAGACAUUUUAAUAUAAAUUAAAAUGACACCCCCCCUCCCCAGAAAAACAAACAUCCAAAAAUACAUUAAACUUCCAGCAGUUAGAAAACAUCACCUGUUUGUUCAUCUCAAUUUGUCAGUAGCUGAAUAAAAAUACAAUAAGAAACAAA